AUGUUGUUUCAGAUCUGCAAAAAAAAAAAAAAAAAUCAUUAUUUCUGCUAAGUUAAAAAUGGUAGGAAAUGGAAAGUAGCAUAUUUGCCCUGACAGUUUUAGGGGAAGGCCACAAGUAUAAAUCAAGAAAUGGCUGUGUAGUUUAGAAAUCAGUCAGUUAGUAGCAUAAACGUAAACCAGCAGAAACAAGAAAUACAACUGUAAUGAAACCCAAGAACAGAAACUGAAAACCACAAAACAGUUUGUACAGCAUUUAAUUAUUUAAUGAUAUGUUUUAGAUAUGAGUCUCAUUCCUUCCCUUUAUAUACUACAUUAUAGUCAAUAAUGUAUGAACAAAUGUUAUAUUUCCUCAUGGAAUGGAACCUUUACAUAAUCAAUUAAUAGAAUAUUGAGUUUAUAUGCCUUUAACCAAAAUUUCCUCAAAAGUCUCAGGCUUUACCAGAAUGUUUCAGACGGAGAAACAGUAGGUGGUUUGGCAUUUUUUCUAGAAGCAUGGUUUGGUCAAAAAAAAAACAAAAAAAAAAAAAAAACCCUUUGAUUAAGUUUUUGAUUCCGCUUUGAUUCUUCUGUUCAAUCAGAUUUUACUGACAGUGGCAUCUUGAAGUGGAACAAUUACAGCAGGCUUAUAAUGCAAAUUAUGAUUUUAUUCCAUUAGAGCCAUUAAGGCGGCCGCAGAGUACAUGUUAUAAAAUGAACCUGUAGUUUUUGUUUUCGUGAACGGGAAGCUGUGGUGGCAUUAAUGUUAGAUGUCUAAGGCAGAUUGUACCAUCAUCGUACGUUUGUCAUCUUCUGUUGUUAACCAUCUGGAAAAAGGAAGUUUGUCAUGUUCUGUUAGAAAAAACCUCAUUGUGGUUCCUUCUAACUCUAUCACAUGCAGCACAGAAAAAAAAAAAAAAAAAACCUAGCCCCACUAACAUUUUCCUGUGGCCAUACAUGUGGGAGGCACAUUUUAUCUCUCUCCAUUCAUCUCCUCUCCAUCCACUCAGCCCUAAGUGCAUCAGCCACACCUGCUCUCAAAGGAUCACUGUUGAUCAUCUCCGGCCAGGAGGAAUUAUUACAGCGCUUGACACCUCUUCACGAUUGAGAAACUCCGCUGGGUCACUUUCCUCAGAGGUCGCACGAGACUGGAGUUGGACGCUUCUGGGACUCAGGUUAUAAAGUUACACUGCUGGGGAUUGGCUGGACACCCGUCUCUGCUCGGAGCUGGUGGAGAACAUUUUAGAAUCGGUCGUGUUGAUUUCCAGAUUAUGAUGAACGCAACAUCCAACACAAGCAACUCAUCAUGUGUGAUCAUGACCCAGCCAGCAGGUCACCUGCUGAUGUCCAUCUACAUCAUCGCCUUCAUCCUGGGGCUGUUCUUCAACCUGGUCACCAUUGGUCCCAUAAUUCAGCAGAUUUGCAGAAAGAACAUUUGGGGGAUCUACCUACUCAGUUUGUCCGUCUCAGAUCUCCUGUAUAUCCUCACCAUGCCUGUGUGGAUAUAUUAUUUCAACAACAACCAUAAAUGGAGCCUUGGCCAAGGACUCUGUAGUCUGGUUGGUUUCGUUUACUACUCUAACAUGUAUAUCAGCAUCUUUCUCCUCUGCUGUAUCUCCAUCGAUCGCUGCCUGGCCAUCACAUUCCCACUGCGAGUCCAAGCCUUCCGCCGCCAGCGCUAUGCCUGGAUCAUUUGCGGGAUGGUCUACAUUUUGGUCAUGGCCUUACACUGUUUGGUGCUGUACCUAGACAAGUUAACGGAUCCACUGGACGACAGUGAGCAAACGUGCUACGAGACCUUCCCCAUGACGGAACGCAUUGCGAUGUUCAACCUGAUACGGGUUGGAAUUGGUUUCCUCUUGCCUCUGGUGAUCAUGUCCGUCUGCUACUGGUUGAUCCCAACUAAGGUGCAGCAAAGCAGAGGGGUGGGCGAUCAAUGCAAACGCAAAGUGAAGCUACUGUCAAUGGGGGUCAUUGGCAUUUUCUCCUUCUGCUUUGCACCGUACCACAUCCUCCUGAUGGUAAGAUCCAUCGCCUACUUUUCUGUGGGAGAAAAACAAAGCUGCAACUUUGAACAAGCGAUGUAUUUACCCUUCACUUGCUCCCUUGCUCUAUCUAGCCUGAACAGCGUGGUGGACCCAGUGCUUUAUGUUUUGGCCAGUAACGGAGUAAGGGAGGACAUGCGUUUGUUCUAUUUGAAAAUCAAGCAGAGAGAGCUGAGAAGAAGCCCUCUUGUUGAUUCUAAAUGGGUUAGGGAAGACAAGGAAAACCAACUUGGGUUAAAACCGACCUUAGGUCUUGUAAAAUAACCCCAAUCAGGAAUUUUGUAAAUCAGUGACCAGCACAAACUUACCCAAAUUGUUUGUGUUGACAGCAUGGGCACAAUCUUGUGAAUGGGUUCAUACCUUGUGUAUCUGUGGAAGGUCUAGCAGACUCCACCAUUGUGAUCCAAACAAAAAUGCUGAAAUGUGCUCAACUUGUCUGGAUUAUUAUUAUUAAUUUAUUUUUUUGAUAAAUAACUAGCACUGUGACUGCAAAUUGCUUGCUUUUCUGGUGGUAAUGGGCAAAUUGCACCAGGUUCUGUGAGUAAGGCACAUCUACUGUAUAAAAAGCCCAAUUUACAAAUGACUUGGACUGACAAUACUGACACUGCAGCACUUUUUUAAUGCCUGAUUAAACUGGUCUGUGGUUGUGAAUAUGAUGCAGUUUUUGUGCCGAAAUACUGUAAAAUUGUUUAGUGAGUUAGCUACUGUAUGUUAGUGUUUAGUCAAGCCCAGUUCAAUUGAGCCCAACCCUUGACAGAGACCAGAAGAGGGUCAAAUUCAUGUCAAGGCCAAGUUUACAUGUUCGUGAGUCUAAGACCAUAUUGUCAUGGUUGUGACCUUUAAAAAUAGAAUUCAAGUCCAAGACCAUAUACUUUUUUAUUUAUUUCUAUUUAUUUUAUUUUUUUGGUAUUGGUCCUCAAGUAUGAGUCCAAGACCAUAUUUUUUAUGGUUGUGUUCAUGGUCCUUGAGUCCAAGUCUAAGAAUGGAUUUUCAUGGUUUUGGUUUUUGUCUUGCUCCUCAAGUCCAAUCCCAAGAUCAUGUUUUCAAGGUUUUGGUCUUGGUCCUUGAGUCCAAGUCUAAGAUCAUGUUUUCAUGGUUUUGGUCUUGGUCUUUGAAUUUAAGUCUGACAUUUUGUCUACACUGGACACAAUUGCACAAUGCGAUGUUAUAAAAGACAACACAACACAACACAACAAAUCAUGCCUCAUUAUAUUUAAGAUGAACUGACACAAAGUUCAAAUUAUUUGUAGUGGUUGCUUUGUCCAGUGUGUCCAGUGUAGUCACAGUGAAAGAACAUAUUUUUUAUAAUAUUGUUCUUUGUCCAAGAUCAUAUUUUCAUGGUUUUGGUUUUGUUCAUUGAGUCCAGGUCUAAGAACACAUUUUCAUGGUUUUGGAUUGUUCCUUUAGUCCAAGUCCAUAACCAUAAUUUUGUGGUUUUGAUCUUGGUUUCCGAGUCUAGUCUUGGUCUUGGGAUGGACUCAGAAGCAUGUGGACUCACUCUUGAUUCAAUCCUUUUCUGGUUUCUCUCUUGAAUCAAACUCCACCCUCUUCUGAUCUCGGUCUUGAAUCUCAAAUCUGGUCUUAACUACAACACUGAUGUGUGCAGACUAUUGUACUUGAAUACCAUUUUGUUUAUUUGUGUUAAAAAAGAGAGGAAUUAUAACUUUGCAGUUUUAUGCGAGAUGUACAUAUCUGUGACUUUAGGAUGUAUCUUUUUACCUGUAUCUCUGUCUUUGAAGGACCCUUGUAUCACUUGAACUUUCUGUGUGAGAGCUGUACCCAGGCUAAGUGUUGUUUUUAUGGGAUAAAGCCUCGAUUGUUUGUCCUUGUUUAAUUCCAAGACAACUCCCUGUAAUUUACCUUUAAACCAGAUUUAGCCGUUAAAGAUUUAAUCUGGAUGUUAAAAACAACUUGUUGCAAUGCAAGCAAUUUCGAUGCAUAGCAUGUUGCUACUCUCAACAUUUUCUUUCUCAUGUAACGUACCAUUAGCGCAAAACAAAUGAUACAUUAUGAAAUAAAAGAAAAAAUACUCUGA